CCGGCCCGAUUAGAGAUAGCAAUAUUUGCACUUCUUCUCCUCAAUUGAGUCUCCGCAUUAGCGCAGUCGUCAUUGAACCUCUCGUGCCCGCUUUUACUACCCCUCGGCAUUGUGGGAUUGUGCCCGAUACACUUAAGAACAUACCAAAAUUGAAAUAAGGAAAGGAACGAGGACUUGUCCUUCUUUUGUGGACUCCAUCUACGUUCGAAUUCCGGUUGUUAGUAAAGAAAAGAGAACCAUGGUGACGCUGGUUUUAGGUGCCCAGUUUGGGGACGAAGGAAAGGGAAAAAUUACAGACCUUCUCUCUCAAACUGCAGAUCUCUGCUGCCGUUCCGCUGGUGGUCAUAAUGCGGGACACACAAUUAUCCACGACAACAUCACAUACGAUUUCCAUAUCCUUCCGUCCGGCCUGAUAUCGCCGAAAUGCGUCAACCUAAUCGGUUCCGGAACAGUCGUCCAUGUUCCCUCAUUUUUCAAAGAACUCAAAGCUUUGGAGGAAAAGGGCCUCAAAGACGCAAAUAAGCGCGUGUUCAUUAGUGAUCGCGCUCAUGUCUGCUUCGAUUUGCAUUCCGUAGUAGACGGACUUGAGGAAGCAAGCCUUGGCGGGCGAAAAGUCGGAACAACUGGGAAGGGAAUCGGUCCAUGCUACAGUGAUAAGGCUUCAAGAACGGGCGUUAGAAUCGGAGAAGUUUUAGACGAAGGCAUUGUAGAAAGAAAGUUGAGAAAUCUCGAGGCUGGUUACCGACGACGAUUCGGAGACCUGACCUAUGACCUUGAAGAGGAGAUUAAGCGGUUCAAGGAGUAUCGAACGCUGCUCAAACCUUUUGUGGUUGACCAAUUUACUCUGCUUCGGAAAUACAAAGACGCAUCCAUUCUCAUCGAGGGAGCUAACGCACUCAUGCUUGACAUCGAUCACGGCACGUAUCCAUACGUCACCUCAUCGUGCACUGGCUUGGGCGGCACCAUCCAAAGUCUCUGCCUUAACCCAACGGAGAUCAAGUCCAUUGUCGGCGUUGUGAAAGCAUAUAGCACACGAGUUGGCUCCGGCCCUUUCCCUAGCGAACAAAUUAACGAAAUUGGUGAGAAACUGCAAGUCACUGGCCGUGAGUUCGGUGUUACCACCGGCCGAAAGCGGCGCUGCGGCUGGCUUGACCUGGUUAUGUGCCGAUACAGUACCUUGAUCAACCACUACACUGCUCUUAAUCUGACAAAGUUAGACAUCCUAGAUGACUUUGACGAAAUCAAGGUCGCCGUGGCUUAUCGUUUGAACGGAAAGGAGGUUGAAUCCUUCCCCGCCGAUGCGGAAGAGCUGGAGAAGGUGGAGGUUGUGUAUGAAACGCUGCCAGGUUGGAAGGUAAAUACCAUGGGUGCUACGAAAUGGGAAGACUUGCCGCCAAACGCCCAGAAAUAUAUCGAAUAUAUCGAAAAGGAUCUCGGUGUCCCAGUUAGAUGGAUUGGCACAGGACCAGCGAGAUCGCACAUGAUUGAGCGGUUAUAGCAUGCCCCUUAAUCCCUUGCAACACAAACUUUUACUGAGAGCCGCGUGUUGUAUACCACCACCUGCCGAAUUUCCUGGGAUACACGCUUCUAUCCCCUUUCAUAUAACUUGUGCACAUGUGUUUCUUGACUGUUGUACUUUGACUAUUUGCCUUUGGACCAACCUAAAGACCAAUUGGGCGGUUGAAUCCGUCAUCUCUUGGUAUAGAAUCAAAAUCUAGAUGUAGACUUGAGCCUACUCGGGUCAAGUUUCUGAUGGAACGAAAGGAGCCUUGGAAAAGGGGUGAAUCUUUGUGGAAGCCAAAACGCCAAGCAACUGGUUGCCUUGGGUGCCGGGAUCCAGCCAAUCACUGUUGCCCGCUUCUAUUUUUCUCUGGAAUAAUAUAAAUCCGUCCAUCAAUA